GACGGCAAGCUCACAUCUUACAAGUUGCCAUUCUGUUGUCCUAUCUUCACUUCCCCCCUCUUCAUGGUUUUGAAGAGGUUUUUUUGGCUACUUUAUCACUCUGAAACACGCGUACUGUCACAACCAAAAUGCUCCCAAUAAUGAGGCUAGAAUCUCUUAACGAUUUCCUCGUCCCGAAGCCCCAAUAAACAAAGCACCAAGAUCACCAUAGCCUUAGAAAUCUCUUUGCUUUGGGAUAACAAAGUCGGUUCACUUUCACAAAGUCAAUGCACCGACUGUUUUGCUCCUGCUCUGUGGAUCUAAUUAAAGUCUCUCCCAGCUCACUUGCAGUUCGGUUUUGAAUAGAUGCUAAAGGAGAGAUUUUGGUCGUCAUUGCUUAGAAAGAACAGAGCAGAAGAGUUAAAUUGACCAAUGCCAGGAAAGAACAACCUAUGAACUCAGAGAGAUAUAACAUCCACGCCUUCAAUCUUUCAAGUCCUUUUCUUAUCACCCCACUCCGAAAUCCCCCAUCCAGGCUCCUCUUUCUCUCUCUCUCUCUCUCUCUCUAAGAAACAUGGUGAUUAGCUUGUUAAGGAUUAAUAGGGAUGAGAAAAUAGUGAACAAGGAGAACCGAACAAGUAUAUUCUUGUCUCCUACAGACAACAUUGCAACCGGUUGGUUGGAGUAUUCCGGACCAUAAUAUGCCUCAAGACAGUCUGAGAUUAGCCGUGUAUAGAUCAUUUGUCAAAUGUCAUGAUCGAAAAGGAUUUGUAGAUUGUAAGACAAUCAGAAGAUCAAGGAAAAGUUCUCAGGAAAUGGACCACAAGAUCGAAAGCCAAAGAACACCAAAGGACUCGCAUACAUCUAUGGCGUAUAAGGCAGAGAAAGGGGAGGUCCUCUCUAAAGGGUUGAAAGAAGUUCAUGGUCCAUCUUCCUUUCAACUCAUGGAGGUCUCCAGAGGAGCUCAGAAGCUGAACCAGAUGAUUGACAUGUGGUCUAAAGGAGUGAAAUUUAAUGGGCAGUCUAAAGUUAUUGCAAAAGACUUGUUGAAAAGUUCUCUUGAUCUGCAGGAGUCUCUAAUCAUGCUAGGAAAGUUGCAAGAAGCUUCAGAUUACAUGGUUCAGUUAAAAAAGAAGCAGAAGGAGAAGUCGGAAAGUAGGAGAAUAGAUGAAGUGGGGAAUGAGAGAACAUAUUCUAGGCAAUAUGAGGAUCACAAUACAUCCAUAGCAUACAAGGCAGAGAAAGGGGAGAUGCUCUCAAAAGGGUUGACAGAAGAAGUUCAUAAUCCAUCUUCCUUUCAACUGGUGGAGGUCUCCAGAGGAGCUCAGAAGCUGACCCAGAUGAUUGACUCAUGGUCCAAAGGAGUGACAUUUGAUGGGCAGUCCGAAGAUAUUGCAAAAGAUUUGUUGAAUGGAGCUCUUGAUCUGCAGAAGUCUCUAAUCGCGCUAGGAAAGUUGCAGGAAGCUUCAGAUUAUAUGGCCAAGUUAAAAAAGCAGAAUGAGAAGUCAGAAAGGAGAAGAAUUGAUGAAGUGGGGAUUGAGAGAACAUAUUCUAGUCAACUUGAGUAUCACAAUUUCUCAAUGGAACUUCAAAAGCCACGACUUUCUGUUGAUGGCUCUUCCAGGAAUCACAUUGAGGAGCUUAAGAAAGUGAUCGUUGACAGCCUUGCUAGGCAGAAUCUGUUGCCAAACCCAACCUCUAAAGAAACAGAUUUUCUUCACAAAAGAUGUUUCGACUCAGCUUCAGAAACCCCUUCGACAAGCUCGAACAAGUCUUUGAUGGUUCAUGCAAGUGAUAUUGAUUCUACUGACUCCUUUCUUUCAUCAACAGACCCACAGCGCAAGACAAAAGCCCCUAAUUUGAUUGCCAAGCUUAUGGGUCUACAAGAACUCCCUUCAAAAUCAAUGCAGGCCACCUUACAGAAACAUUCAGAGAGUGGAAGAAUUCCAAAUCAGCAAAGGCCUAUGUUUGACAUCGAUAUGCCAAAGGGAAGGAAGCCCCUAUACACGGCACAGAAUGUGGAUCCAGAGCGGAGGAAUCUGAAGAAAACACUUGAAACCAUGCAAUAUAAAGGACUUCUGAAGAGCAUUUCUGCCAGGGAUCUUAAUCCUCAUUCCUACCAUUCCAGUUAUUUCAAUUCCAAACAAAAGUUGAUUGAUGAGAUACCCCCCAUUGUUCUUAUUAAGCCUACGCGUGUCCCACGUCAAUUGGAGAAUUACAACAAAGCAGUGCUUCAGGAAGACGAAUCUUUGAACACUAAAGAGAUUCUCCCAAAACUAAAAGUAAAAGAAGAGCUUCAUUCCAAAACUCGCAAAGAAGGGGCUUUGAGUUCCAAGAAAAUUCGUUCCAAAAUGGAUGCAGCAGAGACGCCAUUCAAAAUGCAUAGCUUACAAGGAGCUAAGGAUCAUAAAGUAGUCAGGAAAACAGAAGAGAAAGAAGUCAAGCCUAAAGAAAAGGCUUCAAAUAAGCUGAAAGCUUCUGGUCCUGCAGCUCACGAACGGCAGAAAAAAGAUUCAAUUGACAAGGCAACUGGUAAGAUUCAAAAAGUUGCUGCUGCCAGCAGGGGACUACUGGGGAUGGAAAAUGUGAAAGCUAAAAUUGUCCCAAGAUCUGAAGUUCAUGCCAAGGUGAACUCUAUAAAGCUGAAAAAGCCUGAAAAUGGAUUGAACCUCAUAAACAACCAGGCUCCUGGGCAACCAACUACUACCAAAAAGACCAUCUCAAGACACGCAACAAAAACUCUCAUUUCUAACUCCUCUGAUCAGAAAAAGAAUCAGAAGAAGAAGAAGAAGAUGAAGCCCGUCAGGGAGCCUAUAGAAGCUAAAUCAAUUAUCGAAAAUUCUGGAUCCAAAGAAGAUGGCAAGAUGAUCAAUCUUAAUAGUGAACACUGCUCUCCUCUGAUGAGAACUAACACUGCUCUUGUGGAUAAACUCCCCAUGGAGGAGGAAAAGGAAGUCACUGAAUCCCACUUUGAAGAGCAUUGCAGUAUUAGCCAGAGUUCUCUUUCUAAAGUCACACCAUCAAGCCCCGAACAUGAAAGGGAUGGUAAAACUACUGCAGUGGAAGUAUACAAUCACAUCUUUCAUAGUAGAACAGAUAUCAAAAGCUCUAAAACUGGAAGUAAUCUUAGAGCAUUGCUCUUGAGCAGUCCAUCAUUCCUCAGUCGUGUGGAGGAGCUUUUUUAUCUCAAUGAGAGCAGUUCUGCAAUUUUACAAACACCUGACAUCGAUGAUUCCAUAGUAGCCAAUCAUAGACUCUAUUUAGAAUGUGCAAAUGAACUCAUUGAACGCAAAGGCCUUCGAGUGUCACAGGCAGUCCAUCAUUCGUUACUGAUGCGUGUGGGCCAAUUCAGAGCAUGCAUAUCAAUAGACAAGUUAGUGGAGGAAGUUUGUAAUGGUGUUGAAAAUCUGAGAAGCUACAGCAAGCUUACUGGUGGCAGUCUUCCCGUAGACAGUCUUUUUGCAAUGUUGGGGAGAGAUAUAAACUGCAAUGGAGUGGAAAAUGGAAUUUGGGAGUUGGGUUGGAGGCAUGAAGUCUCUGUGGAUUAUGCAGAGCAAGUGGUAAAUGAGAUAGAGACGCUAGUUUUCAAUGGAUUGAUUGAGGAGGUCCUUACAUAGAUUGUAAAUCGGCAUAUUAUAGAUAUUUGUUUGGAUACAUAGGUUUGAGAGGCUAAUAGCACUAAGCUUUUUGUAUAUACAAUGAUGCAAUGCUGAAUACAAGACAGGAGAGCUGAAACUGUUAACCCUAGUGCCACAAGGCUAUGAUCAUUUCUAAAUGUCUUGAUUGUAAGCAAUCAAAUGAAUAUCUUCUAACAAA